AGCGAAGAAGGGGUCGGUACCGGCUGACUGGGGCAACGAGGAGGAGGGUAAAGGGAAAGUUUUGCGCGCACAGGACGCGCACAGGGAGCGCGCGGCCGCCGACACCGGGGAGCUGCGGGACCGCGCGCAGAACGCGAUGAGAGGUAAGCAGGGCCGUGUGUACGGGGGGUUCGAGCGCGCGGGCGCGUGCCAGGCUGACCAGAACGAGCCGCGCGCGUACGCACACGCCGGUCGGGGGGUCGCGCGGACCGUCGGUUCCGGGGGCAGGACGCACGGACGACCCCGGGGGUCUCCGGGCAUAAGCACGAGCUGCUCCCUACGAACGUAGUGGGCAAGCAGGCGGUCGCGGUCCCGCGGAGACACAACGAGGGAGACUCCAUAGGGUUCGGAAACUGCCCCGAGGUGCCCUUUAUUCUUACCACUGAGAACGUGAGACACGCGCACUGCAGAGAAUCUGCUUCCAGACCCGACAUGAACAAAGAAAAACACCUGGAGGUGGAUGAAUGUCUUGCAGAACCUGGCGGAACCAAAAUGGACCGUUCGCAUUCUCCUAACCUUUUCCAGUAUAUCCAUUCUGGACAUGUUAACGAACACGACCUGAUCCGGGUUAUUGAAAGUUCUUUAGAGCUUGGUGAAGAUCUCAGCAUGCCUUCUCUGCAGAGUCCGACCUUCUUCCCCACCGAGCUGGAGAUAGUAGAUGCAGACAUGGCUCCUCACCUGGUGUGUGCACGAGAAGGCAUGAAUCGGCACAAUUCCAUCGACAGCGAGGACGACGACUAUUAUGAUAACGAAAUCUUGCCAUUUUACGAGUCCGGCUCCUUGAACAAAGAGUCGAACGACAUUGAAGAACCAUCCAGAACUUUGCAGUCGGAGCAGAUUGUCGACUCCAGUGCUCAGGAGACGGACCGACUCAGGACUCAACUCAAAGAAGCCUACUACCUCCUGAUAAAUGCCAUGGAUGGCAUCGCUUUCGAUGCCGAGGUGCAAACGAAUUGCUACGUAGAACAAAGGAACAGCUCAAGUCAGUCUCCUGAUAGCCUGAGCAUGAGUUCGGAUUCUUCCACGAGAGAGCUCUCACGGUCCUCUGAAGAACAUGAUGUCCACCAUUGGACACUUCUGAGUCCUGGAGAAUGCACUGCUGCUGACCGUGGGAGUUCUCAGAGGAGUAAAAGUUUGCAGAAUCUUCUCCAGGCCCAAGUGAGGCCUGUUUUUCAGCGCUCUUUGAGCGAUGGUGAAGUCCAGUAUCCUGUGCGGGCAAGCCAAGGUGAUCCACGCUCCGAAAAGAGAAGUGCUCCUCAAAACACUUCUGUAAAUACGCCUCCAUUGGCAAACCGGGGAAACCUGGAUUUAGACACAGCCAUGGUUCCAGAGCAGGCAGAUGAGGAGAACAGUGCCUAUAUUAGUCACCAGGAUUCUUCAGAUGGAGUUCCCCUCAGACCAUCUGACCCGUUGUGCUUGCAGCAGAUGAAUCUUAGCAGGCAUGCUGGAACGAGUGUUGGAAAACCUCCUCGGGUCACUGUGAACAAGAUGCAGGAAUGGAUGCACAAAGGCCGCUUGCUUUCCUCAGAGAUGAGGCAGAGGAUUGCUGGAUCCUCUUCGCAUGGAGCAGCUCAGGAGCGCCAUGGAAAUGAGCUUCAAUCUUCCUCCAAAACCUUCAGCCAGGACAACAACAUGAAUGGAGAAAAAACAGGAAUGGUGAAUGCAUCAAGUGGGCAGCACUCAGUCCCUGUGAUAGAGAACCGUGAUAACUGCACUCGUCCAGUUCCUCUAAACUCCAUCACUGUCUCCAAAAAACGUAAUUGGCUGAAUCAGAGCUCCAUGCGACCCUCACCAACCUCCGACGAGGAUGACCACACGCACCCAUCACAAUCACACACUCACACUCAACCACAAACUUGUUCCCGACCACGUGUCCCCGUCUCCGACCCUGUCGAGGAGAACGACGCAGAUGACGAGGGUGAGAUCUGGUACAACCCGAUUCCUGAGGAUGAGGAGGAUCUCCAUCACGGCGAGUACGGAGAGAGAGUGUCGAGGAAGAUGAGUGGUGAGGAAGGGGGCAGAGUCUCUACUACUGCGAGGGCUUCUGGGAACUUGAAUGCCAGUCAUUCCAGUGAGCAGAAACAUGUGUACAGAGAGAAAUGCAGAUCACAGGAGGAGAAACCAACAAUCAAGACUACAGAAUUCCCGGAGCAAAGUGUAUCUGGUUUCUCUCCUCCCUCCAGUCCAAACCCGGCUAAGAAGAGCUGCUCCAUCAACUGGUCUUUACCAGAGCGCAUCAAAUCUCCACGCACAGUUCGCAAACUUUCGAUAAAGAUGAAGAAGCUCCCUGAGCUCAGCAAGAAGCUCAGUGCUAAAGGACAAACUAUUGGACAAACAGAAACUAGGAACCACCUGCCAAGAGCCAGUGGUCCAGCCGAUCUGGGCUCAGGGGUCCUGUCCACGGCGUCCACGAGUGGCAACGUGAUCUGGCGCUAUCACCUGGACAGCAGUGUUUGCACGCAGCAACAGAAGAAGAGCAGUGGAUUAGGUGCACCUAAAUCAGCCAUAAAGGGCGGGUACUUGAGCGACGGGGACUCGCCAGAACUAGUCGCCAAAUCGGCUAAGCACGGCUCAUGUUCGAAAUCUCACCAGAAAGCGCAGGAAAAGGAUUCAUUUUUUAAUUCAGGCGUCUCCAAGUUAGCUGACGUGGCUUCUUUCCGUCCGUACAGCUUGCCAGAACAGGCAAAGUGUACUUCCUCAUCAGCAGCAGCAGCUCCUGUGUCAGGUCUCCUGAGCGUACACUUGUGCGGCGCCGAGGGUCUAAAGACGCCACGGAGCGAUGAAUCGCGUCACAUCUACUGCGCUAUUCAAGUCGACGAGACAAAGCGAGCACGCACGGCUCUGCUUCCCUGCCAUGCUGACUUUCUCGCCAUGGACCACACUUUCCAACUGGAGCUGGAGGAAGCUCAGCGCCUCCGCCUCGUCCUCUUCGGCUGCGAGGCGACCACAGCGCCGAGGAGGCAGCGAGUGUGUUGCCACGGAGCCGUAUUGCUGGCGCCGCUCUUCAGGACGGCAAAUGCCGGACGUGCCCACAGGCUUGCAGUGCGCCUCGAGCCACGGGGAGUCAUCUACGUCAAACUGGGAUUGACGGAACGGCGGCAGAGCUUGACCGAAGGGAACGAGGCUGAGAAAGAGCGACAGAGGGAGGUAUUCGGAGUGGACGCGGCACGAGUGGUGGAGCGCGAGGCCACAGGGCUCAUGGUACCCCUCAUCAUUGAAAAGUCCAUUGGCGAGAUUGAAAGGAGAGGAUGUCAGGUGGUAGGACUGUAUCGUUUGUGCGGCUCAGCCGCCGUCAAGAAGGAGCUGAGGGAGGCGUUUGAGAGAGACAGCCACGCCGUCGAGCUGUCAGAGAGCAACUACCCCGACAUCAAUGUCAUUACAGGUGUUCUGAAAGACUAUCUGAGGGAGCUUCCUCAUCCUCUCAUCUCUAAACCUCUGUAUGAGGCGGUUCUAGACGCCAUGUCCAAGCGACCGCUGCUGAUGGGAAGCGGCAGCUGUGAGAACGACCCGCUCGACUCGGACCAUGCCGCGGGAUUGCUCGAAACGCUGCCGGAGAUCGAGAAGACGACUCUAAGGAAACUUCUGGACCACCUGAAGCGUGUCGCGUUGCAUCACGAGGUGAACAAGAUGACGUGCCAGAACCUGGCUGUGUGUUUCGGACCCGUGCUGCUCAGUCAGAGACAGGAUGCUUCGGGUCUCGCUAACCGAGUGUUCAUGGACUCGGAGGAGCUAGCCAGCGCGCUGCACUUUAAAAAACACAUCGAGGUUCUGCACUAUCUGCUGCAGCUGUGGCCAGUUGCAGAUGUCCAGAGCAAACCUUCAUCUACUGCCAUGGACCCCACGAAACCUCUGGCCCCGGUGAGGAGAAGAAAAGAGCGCCCCCAAGUGUUAAACCUGAGCGACGCCGAGCUAGCAGGAGUUCUGCGUCCCCGUCCCGGGCGCCUGGACAGUCCGAGCAACCGCUACGCCGGAGACUGGAGCGACUGCAAGAAGACGUACCUUCACCAGAUGCAUACAGAGGAGGAAGAGGAAGCCGACUACGCCGACGUUCCAAGCGAAGAGGAGAAGGACAAAGAACGGGUGAACGAGGAGAAAGAAACGCUCGAAAGUGGAAACGACGUCGAAAUAGAAGUGGAGAACGAGCAAAAGAGCGACGUUCAGGAAGAACUUUUUGUCGAGGAACGACAAGAGAACGAGGACACGCCGUUGUUAAAGUCGUACGGUCGGAUGCUAGUGGAGCAGGAAGAGCACCGAGCCAAAGAGCACACGUAUCAGGCGUUUAUGAAGAUCCAGGAGAUCAGCCCUGUUCUAAGCAACAGGGUGAACCUGCGAGAUCUACAGGAGAGCAUUGACGUUCUCAUCGGCAACCUGGAGCGAGAGCUGAACAAGAACAAGCUCAAUGUCGGGUAUUAAACCGACCAUGUCAGGUUCUGAAAUUUCUCCAUAAUGACUUUGGUCUCUCAAACAUCGCACUUGUUUAAACCCGCCCCUCCCACCCAACACACACACACACACACACACACACACACACACUACGGACCUACUGACAUUCCUUACAUUUUUGAGGCCUCCGGUUUCUUCUCGGGUUCCUCGUCAUCUGGUCGGGUUUGUUACCUUUGCUCGUUAUCGUUGCCACGGUAUUUUUUUUCUUAUUAUUAGAAGAAGCUGUUGAGCCCUGAGGGGGCGGAGUCUGGUGCCUUCGCCGUGUAAAGGUGGUACUUAAAGCCGUGGCGAACUUUAUUUUUGUUAUUUUAACGAGGUACGGAAAAAAUUAUGUAACGUUACCCGAUGCACUUACGGAAGCCAGCUGUUGGAGGCGGAGCCGGGGAUUCGGGUUGUCCAUUCAGACAACAUGAAAUACAGUCAGAUGAAUAGAUCCUUAUGCUAAUCCUACAACAAACUAAUAUACCUUACGCUAAUCCUACAACAAGCUAAUAUACCUUACGUUAAUGCUACAACAAGCUAAUAUACCUAACGCUAAUCCUACAACAAGCUAAUAUAACUUACGCUAAUCCUACAACAAGCUAAUAUACCUUACGCUAAUCCUACAACAAGCUAAUAUACCUUACGCUAAUCCUACAACAAGCUAAUAUACCUUACGCUAAUCCUAAAACACCACAAAAAAACCAAAGCCAUUUGUACACUUGUAAAUAAACUACACACCCCAAACGCUACCUACCUCCUGAAACCUGUCAACAGCCCUAAAUUCUGGAAAAGGUUUGAAGCUAACCGUCCACACGGUGUCAAAUCUGUACAUAUUACACCUCCCAAAAAACCCAGGAAUUCAAACAUGUGAAACUUGUCCCACCUGAAAUUCUGAAUCCCAUUCACACUAAAAAGUAGCGUAAAAUACGUCUCGAUGUAUUCGCUCAACAACAUUUCCUCAUCUUCAACGCAGCUAGCAAACGUUCGCUAUACGUCUCUAAGUAGCUAUCUGAUGUUUAAGCAGUUUUAACGGAUUAAUCACUUACGCAUGCUAACAUGCUAAUCGGUUAAAUGUUGCUAACACUACGGUUGUUCAGUAAAUAAAACCACCACGUUGGCUAAUAGUUUUGCUAAAAGUGUCGCGCGGUCGCCCUGACGAUCAUCUCACUCGUUUUUUUUUCUGCAGAUGUUCGAGUGUAUUUUUAUAUCCAGCGUAAGCGUAAAAAUUCAUGCUAAUUUUGUUAAUGUUAUUUAACAGUAGCAGGUGGAAUCUACUGGAGAUUAAUCGCAGUCUGAUGUUUGGGUUUUUUCUCCAUUCUGCGAAGGAGUCAACAUGGCGACUCCUUCACCAUGUUGGGAAAAUAAACACAGCUGGUCGUGUGUUUGAUAACGACAGGUAACGUUUUCCUCUGCAGUUCGGGGAAACCGGUUUUGUUUUUGUUUUUGUCAGUAUUUAUCAGAUGUGAGUGUAAAUAGAAUCGGAGUAUGAUAUAUAUAAAUAUAUUUUUUGACAGCUUGCGUGUGUAUUUAAAUGUUCCUCAGCUGCCUUGUAGCAUUCAGGCUAAAAAAAUAAUACAUUUUAUAAAUAAGGUAAUGUUUUCUUUCUUGUUUGCGAGUGCAGGACGAUUCGAAGCGCUACGUCACACGUGAUAAUAAAAGAAGACGACGUGAGGUUUUGUUCACGCGCUAGUUUUUUUUAACGCUGCACGGUCGAAAGCUUUACAGUCCAAUUCGUGCGUCUGUAUUUAUGUGUGUAAAUAGAGAUUUAUUUUAAUGAUGCUAAUAUCGGUUUGUUUGUUUGUUUGUUUUGUUCGGCAGCUGCUCGCACGCUUGUGAAUUCGUCGUGCUUUUCACCUGCUCAGAAACGAGUUUCACAUAAACACAACGGCUCACACAUUAAGGUCACGGAAGAAAAGGUCAAUGUUGGUGUUUUCCAUGUCGACUUGCUCAGACACACAGACGUGAUGCAGCGCGCUGGUGUGAACGCGCGCUGAUUUAAAUCCGGUUUCUUUGUGCCGGAAUGUGAACGCCCCGGCACGCUUCGGUUCUGUAACGUUUUACUCAUUCCUGAAAAACUGUGAGCUGGAAAAUAAUGCUGUUCUCUGACGUUGUUUUUUUGUGCAUUUGGAAUUGACAGUUUUUUUCAACACCGUAGCAUUUUAUAUAUAUAUGGAGAGAGAGAGAGAGAGAGAGUGCAAGCCGGUGUGUGUUUUUUUUUUUCGAGUUCUGUCCUCUAUUGUACAGAGGAUGAAUUCAGAACUGAUCCUGGGUCAGGUAUUAGGGGUUCGUCUCAAGCGCAUGGUGUUGGGGGGUUGGAAGUUCAUGUACAGUGUGAGCUGCUCAUUUUAGCGUCAAAACAUUCCUUAAUUUGCGUCGAUUUUCGCUUGGAACAAUUGUACGGUUGACUAUUUUGUGUUUUGUUCUCGUCGGACGGCCCUAAAACGACACAACUGUCACUAAAUCACAUAUACUUUGUACUGAUACUGAAAAAUAUCUAUACGUUCGUAAUAAAGUAUAUAUUUCA